AUGGCCGCCUCCACCAUGUCCGUCUGCUCUGACGCUUGCACCAACUCCUCCUGGCAGGUGGACGACUGCCCAGAGAGCUGCUGUGAGCCUAGCUGCUGUGUCCCCAGCUGCUGCCAGUCCAGCUGCUGUGUCCCCAGCUGCUGUGCCCCAGCCCCCUGCCUGACUCUUGUCUGUACCCCAGUGAGCUGUGUGCCCUGCUGCCAGUCUUCCUGUACACCCUCAUGCUGCCAGUCAUCCUGCUGUGUGCCUAUCUGCUGUGGGGCUUCAUCCUCAUGCUGCCAGCCAUCCUGUGUGACCCUUUGUUGCAAGCCUGUCUGCUGCACACCCAUCUGUCCUGGAUCCUCCUGCUGCCAGCAGUCUAGCUGCCAGCCCUCAUGCUGCCAGCCAUCCUGCUGUGUGCCUGUCUGCUGCAAGCCUGUCUGCUGCACACCCAUCUGCUCUGGAUCCUCCUCCUGCUGCCAGCAGUCUAGCUGCCAGCCCUCAUGCUGCCAGCCAUCCUGCUGUGUGCCUGUCUGCUGCAAGCCUGUCUGCUGCAAGCCCUGCUCCAGCGUGUCCCUGCUCUGCCGCCCUGUGUGCAGACCCGCCUGCUGUGUGCCCAGCUCCUCCUGCUGUGCUUCCUCCUGCCAGCCCAGCUGCUGCCGCCCAGCCUCCUGUGUGUCCCUGAUCUGCCGCCCUGCCUGCUCAUGCCCCUCUUGCUGA